ACGUAGGUUUUAAUCAGUGCUGGCGCUGACAACCAGGAAACGAACAAGAGCCUUGCUAGUCUCGCUAGCGAACUUUGUCUCGAAAAAAAGCGUCAAAAUGCUUCUUCAAACGGCCAGGCCGUUGCUGCUCCGCUGCGGAAGCUUUCCACUGGCUUGUACAAGAUCAUACUACGCCGAAAAAGUUGCGCGACUCGGCUCUCAGCCUGAUAAACACUCUGCCGACUACCAGGAGAAUUAUGAGCGAAUGCAAGCUCUUGUUGAAGAAUUGAAAAGCCGCACAGAGAAGAUUAAAUUAGGCGGGGGAGAAAAGGCCAGAAAGCUUCACACUUCCCGUGGUAAACUCUUACCCAGAGAGCGCAUCGACAGACUUCUGGAUCCAGGGACUCCUUUUUUAGAAUUUUCCCAGUUCGCCGCAUACGAGUUGUAUGGAAAGGAGGAGGUGCCAGCAGGUGGUAUGAUUACUGGCAUUGGGCGAGUGUCAGGGGUGGAAUGUGUCAUUGUGGCCAAUGACGCAACAGUCAAAGGGGGGACGUAUUACCCCGUCACAGUCAAGAAGCAUCUUCGUGCACAAGAAAUAGCCCAGCAGAACCACCUGCCUUGCAUUUACCUGGUGGACUCCGGGGGAGCCAAUCUUCCCAGACAGGCGGACGUCUUUCCCGACAAGGAACACUUUGGCCGCAUUUUCUUCAACCAGGCCAGGCUGUCAUCACAGGGAGUUGCACAGAUUGCUGUGGUGAUGGGCUCCUGCACUGCUGGAGGAGCAUAUGUUCCUGCCAUGGCAGAUGAAAGCAUCAUUGUCCGGAAGCAAGGGACUAUUUUCCUGGGAGGACCUCCAUUGGUCAAAGCCGCUACUGGAGAGCAAGUUUCUGCUGAGGACCUCGGAGGUGCUGAUCUUCACUGCAGAAAGUCCGGUGUAACAGACCAUUACGCUUUAGAUGAUAACCACGCUCUUCAUUUGGCGCGGAAGGCCGUACGAAACCUCAACUACAGAAAAAAUCUUGAGGUGACGACAGAACCGACCGAAGCCCCUCUUUACCCUGCAGAUGAGCUCUACGGCAUCGUUGGAGACAAUCUCAAACGGAACUUUGAUGUCAGAGAGGUUAUUGCCAGAAUUGUGGACGGAAGUAAAUUUGACGAGUUCAAGGCGUUUUAUGGAGACACACUUGUGACAGGAUUCUCCAGAAUUUUUGGUUACCCUGUCGGAAUAAUUGGCAACAACGGAGUUUUGUUUUCAGAGUCUGCGAAAAAGGGGACGCAUUUCAUUGAGUUAUGUUGCCAGAGAAACAUCCCUCUUUUAUUCCUACAAAACAUAACAGGUUUCAUGGUGGGCAGAGAGUAUGAAGCAGGAGGAAUAGCCAAGGAUGGCGCUAAGAUGGUAACCGCUGUCGCCUGCGCCAACGUACCCAAGAUCACGGUCAUUAUUGGAGGCUCGUAUGGUGCAGGAAAUUACGGCAUGUGUGGCAGAGCCUACAGCCCUCGAUUCCUCUACAUGUGGCCCAAUUCCAGGAUCUCCGUCAUGGGCGGAGAGCAAGCUGCCACCGUUUUGGCCACCAUCACCAAGGACCAACGAGCCAGAGAAGGAAAGGAGUUCACAGCCGAGCAGGAAGCCGCCAUGAAGGAACCCAUAGUGCGGCGUUUUGAGGAAGAAGGAAAUCCCUACUUCUCCAGCGCUAGACUGUGGGAUGAUGGAAUUAUCGAUCCUGCCGACACCCGCCUGGUGCUUGGACUUAGUCUGAGUGCGACACUGAACGCACCGACCAAGAAGACGCGCUUUGGCGUGUUUCGAAUGUGAUGUGCUGAUUGAAGCAAUGAGUGUGGACAUGUAUUAUUCUCACAGUAUAGCAGAACUCAUUUGGAUGAAAAGAUGUACAGUUUUUCUGUGGCCAAUGUCAUUUUGUGCCUUAACUGUUACAACAUGUAAAGUUCCUAAUUAUGAAAUGCAAAUAUUGAAACUUGUCCAAACAAAAAAAUA